UGUCGAUUGCUCGGCUCUGGCUCUGCCGCAUCUCAAUUUCUUACUGGUCUCCUUUGCUUUCUCCAUCCCUUAUUUAUUUAUAUUUAUUUAUUAAUUAGUUCCCCUCAAUUCCGUAUUAAAAAAAGGGCCGGAAACCACUUCCUUGGUUUCGGUGCUUCGUGGAGAGGAAAAGAAGGGAAAUAGAAAAGGAAGGUAGAGAGGAGAGGAUCCGUUCGAUGGCGAGUGGAGUAAGCAAUUCGUGAAUCUCCGAUUAUUUUGGUUAUAUUUUGGAUUAUUGUUUUUUUUAUUUUGAGGUUUUCGAUCGAAUCGUGGGGGUUUGAGCUGGGGAAAUCGCACGGAUCGGGGAUUGGAUUUGGAGUACGGGGGAAGCAUAGCGAUCUCUCCUCGUUAAUCCAGCUCCCAGGGUUUGGCCUUUUCGUGAUGGCGAAGAGGCGGAAGCGUGGGGAUUCAGCUGAAUUGGAGCUGCUGCUUCUUCUCGACCUCUCUCUUUGAUCUGCUUCGAACGGGCGCUCCAUAAAUCUCAGAGAGAAUCCGAUACGGAACCUGAAUCUACCAUUAAGGAAGAGCGUGAGCUCGAGAUCGAGAUUGAGAUCGAGGGAGGGAGGGGGGAGAGAGAGAGAGAGAGAGAGAGAGAGAGAGAGAGGGCCGAAGAGAUCAGUCUAGUGAUGUACGGGUCGCCACAAGCGGCGAGGUCAAAGGAUCUGAACCUUCCGGUAUCCGCAGAGCCGGCCUUCGGACACCGGAAAGAGGAAAAGGAGCUCCUCCAGCGUCACCACCACCACCACCACCACCGGGAUCAUCAACAACAUCAACACCAUAAUCCUCCUCCUCCUCCUCCUCCUCCUCAUCAUCAGCAGCAGCAGCAGCAGCAGCAGCAGAUGAGCUCGGGAUUGCUUCGCUACCGAUCGGCGCCGACUGCGCUCCUGGGCGAAGUCGUCGACGACUUCCUACCCGUGCGCCCGUCGAGCCCCGAGACGGAGACGAUGUUCGCCCGCUUCCUCGCCACCUCCGAUCUCCGCGACGAGAUCCGGGAGAAGCCGCCCUCCGCCGCCGCCCAGAGGAGCUCCACGUUCGCUUCAGCGAUGGACGAAGCCGCGGCGUCGCAGCAGCAGCAGCAGCAGCAGCAGCAGCAGAUGAUGUACCACUCGCAUCAUCAGCCGAUGCCGAGCCACGGAUCAGUGGAGAGCCUGUAUCGCACCGCGAGCUCCGCGGCGAUAGACCUGGAGCCGAUGAAGAGCGACGGCGCCACCAAUAAUCUCAUCCGCCAGAGUAGCUCUCCCCCGGGCAUCUUCUCCCAUGUAAACGUAGAUAAUGGUUAUUCCGUGAUGAGGGGAAUUGGCGGGUUCAGGAACGGGAACAACUCCCUGGGAGCGGUCAAUGCCGCGAAUACUAAUAGUACCAGCAACAGAAUGAAGGGCCAGAUAAGCUUCUCGUCGAGGCAGGGGUCUCUCAUGUCUCAGAUCUCCGGGAUGGGGAGCGAGGGCGGCGCUAUUGGCGGAAGCAGCCCCGAGGACGGUGGCAACAGCGGGGGCACCGCAGCGGGCGGAGGCCGCUACAUCCCGGGGUACCCUCUCGGCUCGUGGGACGACCCUCCCCUGCUCUCCGACCACUUCUCCGGCAGUUUAAAAAGAGGGAGAGAAGCUGAAGGGAAGAUAAUCUCCGGCCUCAACCAAUCGGAGCAUCAGAAUGGUCUGAUGCAUCAAUUUAGCCUGCCCAAGACUUCGUCGGAGAUGGCUGCGAUUGAAAAGUUCUUGCAGUUCCAUGAUGCUGUCCCGUGUAAGAUCCGAGCCAAGCGAGGCUGUGCCACCCACCCACGAAGUAUCGCCGAAAGGGUAAGGAGAACUCGAAUUAGCGAACGGAUGCGGAAGUUGCAAGAGCUCGUCCCCAACAUGGACAAGCAAACCAACACCGCAGACAUGUUAGAUUUAGCCGUUGACUACAUCAAAGAUCUUCAGAAGCAGGUCAAGACAUUAACAGAGAACCGGGCAAGCUGUACCUGCUCUUCUAGCAAGCAAAAGCAGUACCAAAAUCCAGCGGCGUGAGUUCGAAUCGCCGUAUAUGCUACAGAUAGUAGUAACAUUUGAUUGCUGGAUGAGAUCUUGGAAACAGGCCUUUUAUAAGUUAGUGAUGAGCUUUAACUUCACCAGUGGAGGGGGGCCCCAUUGAAGCAGAGAAGAAAUGUAUAGUUUUGGUGGUACUUUGGGAAGUUAAACUAUAUACAUUUAUGUAUACCUACCACCAUGUUGUAUGUAUUUUUCCUUUUUUUUUGUUUCUAGUUAUCAAUUGAGCUCAUCAUCAGUCACCAACCACUCGCUGACAGCGCAACGUUUUUGGUA